AUGGCUCUCUUUCUUCUUCCGCCCCAGCAGCGGCUGAGCCCCCUCAAGAGCUUUGCUGCUGCUUCGCUGCAGCGCCUCAGCGCACACGCAGCAGCUGCAGCGAACGCCCAGCUGCAGCAGCAGCAGCAGCAGCAGCUGCAGCAGCAGCAGCAGCAGCAGCUGACAGGUGAUUUGCAUGCAGCUGCACACCGGAGAGACUCUUUUGCGGCCGUUUGCUUUAGGUGUCGCCUCGUCUCGCAGCACGGACAAUGGGUGCAGCAGCAGCUUCCGCCAAAGCUGCAGCAGCAGCAGCAGCAGCAGCUGCAGCAGCAGCAGCAGCAGCAGCUUCAGCAGCAGCAGCUACUGGGGUGCUGCAGCAGGCGCUGGCAGCUCUUCGGGGGGCUGCAGCAGCCUCUUUGGCCGCUGCUGCAGUGCAGCAGCAAAGCCAGCUCAUAUAGGGAGCAUGUUUGGGCUGACGCAGUGAGAUACAGCAGCAGCAGCAGCAGCAGCAGCAGCGGCAGCAGCGGCAGCAGCAGCAGCGGAAGCAGCAGCGGCAGCAGCAGCGGCAGCACCGGGAGCAGUAAGACCAGCAGCUCAACCGGGAGAAGCUCCGAAAGGAGCCGAGCUGCUGCGAGCAGCAGCAGCAACAGCAGCAGCCACAGCAGCAGCAGCAGCAGCAGCAGCAGCAGCAGCAGCAGCACAAUGCGUCGGCUGCUGUCGGCAAUGGCCCUGAGAAGUUCCCCCCACUUUGUGGGCAUGCGGCGGCAGCAGCAGCAGCUGCAGCAGCUGUGGCUGCGGGAGCUGCAGCGGCAGCAGCAAAACUUGUCUUCUUCAAGUUCUAUUAGAAGACAGUGGGGGGCCCUGCAGCAGCUGCUGCAGCAGCUGCUGCAGCAGCUGCGGCUGCUGCUGGGGGCCCCCGGGAGGCAGCAGCUGCAGCAGCAGCAGCAGCAGCUGCAGCAGCAGCUGAAGCAGCAGUUCAGCAGCCGGAAGCAGCUGCUGCAGCAAAAGGGCAAGCGACUGCAGCAGAAGCAGCAGCAAGCUGUAGACAGACUCAGGCAGCGGCUGCGGCUGCAGCAGCAGCAGCUGGGGCGGCAGCUGCAGCAGCAGCAAACUGCGCUGCAGGCCCGGCGCCUCAUUUGGCUCGAAAGGCAGCACAGAAACCUUGCUGCUGCUGUGCUGCUGCUGCAGCAGCAAAGGGCCCACCUCGGAGCAGCGACUGCUGGUGCAGCGACUGCUGGUGCCAAAGAGAAGCUGAAGGGCCUUUGGCGGCGCUACGGCUGGACCGCCGUCGUCUCCUAUGGCAUCUUGCUGCUGCUGUGUGGCGCCGCCUCUGGCCCGGGCCUUUGGGGGCCGCAUAGACUUUGUGGGGGGCCGCGCAGAAGCAGCAGCAGCAGCAGCAGCAGCAGCAGCAGCAGCAAGAGCAGCAGCAGCAGCAAGACGUUCUUGGCGAGCAGCCAAGGCCAAAAGAGACUCCUGGAGACGCAGCAAAUAAUUUGGCUCUUUCCAUCUUUCUUUUAUUUACUCACCAAUCCACUAUUUAUUAUUUUUAAUUAG